GGUUAUAAAGAAAUAUUCAACGCUGUUUGCCAAAACUGGCUUAGCUUGAUUUGCUUAUUGCUGUGCUCCCUAUUAGAAAUAAAUCUGCGCCUCUGUUUCUACUUUAUUAUUUUGUGUGCACUCACCAUUUUUAUCUUGUUUCUUAUCUCCCGUUGUCCACAUAGGUCGAAGUGGGACGUGCUCGCGUAUAAAACUGAACCUUUUUAUUUUUACGUGCAGUUGUGCAGUUCAUGAUAAAACUGAACUUUUUCAUUUUUACGUGCAAUUUAAAGGGGCUUUUCAAAUUGGAAUUUAAUCACUUUAUCUACAAAAUGCGUCUCUAGCUCUCUUGAAAAAUGAUUUCGCGCGUUAUGCAAAGUAAAACAUACUUGGGCGUGCGUGUUCUUCCACCGCUCCCUCCAUCCGCUAACCAGCCGCCCUCCCAAACCGGUUUCCCCGAAGCGGAUUCUGAUGAUUUUCCGCCGCCUCCACCUCUUCCCACACCGGUGCCCGAAGAUCAUGAUGACAAUCGCAACCUGCAACCAUCACUACUUUUCAAACCCAAACAGGAUCUGCCAAAAAUCUCCACGCAGCAGUCCAUGCAACCGGUGCCACCCAAAAAGCAGCGGCAAUUAAUUUCUGACGCAUCCACCUCCAAACCACCCGAGAGGCUGCUACCUAAAGGAUUGCGGGAUGUACUUCCGAGUUCCAGUGCACCGACACCCUCACCCACACCACAAGAUUACGUACCGGCUAUUAGAAAUGAAAGGUCACCUGAUCCACCACACAACGUGGAGGAAAUAUUCGACGGUCAACCACAGGAUUCACGGUCAAGAUCAAUCUCUCCGAAACCGAUGCUGGAACGAAUCGAAUUACCAGAUAAUACGGGCAGUUUGAUCCUGGAUUCUUGUAAGACUAAUAGCUGGAGUUCGUUGGAAAGUUUGCUGCGCCUGUUAGAAAAAGCGGCCAGGGUCGUCGAAAAGCGUUCGAAGGUGACGGAGGCGGUUAAUGCGGCGGAAGAGGGCACAAAAGUCACCGCAUUAAUGCUAUGUGCCAAAGAAAGCAGAGCUGGUCUCGUGGACCAGCUUCUCAAGCUUGGAGCGGAGAUCAAUACAGCCACCGAGAAUGGGGAAACUGCUUUACAUUUCGCGGUACGGGAUGCAAAGGAAGAAAUGGUCCGGAUGCUCGUUACAUACGGCGCAGAUCCCACGAUUAUUGGAGGGGAUCUAAAGCAGCUUCCACUGCAUCUAGCUUGCAUGCGGAAAUUUGGUGCAUGGCCGCUUGUUCAGUAUUUGGUUCCUCUGUCAGGACCGGAAUGCAGAAUGAUAUCUGACGCAGAAGGAUUUCUUCCGGUCUGGAGGGCGGCGGAUGUUGCUAAUCUGCAUGUACUGAAAGAGCUUUUGUUGGACCAAGCCCACCAGCAAUUGUCCUAUCAGAAUAAACAAAUGAAUGACGACACCCUGGCGCAUUUUGUUAUCCGCAGACAUGACAACGAAGUUCUUAAGAUCUUACUGGAAUUUGAUACUCCCGUUGACAUACAAAACAGUGAAGGUGAGACAUUGCUGCAUGUUGCCACGAUGGUUAAGAACGGGGAUGCUGUGAGUAUGCUGCACGACAAAAAAGCUAAUCCGGAUUUAAUUGAUGUGAUGGGGCGGUCAGCCUUGCAUUUAGCUGUGGAGCAAGGCCUCACGAAUGUUGUUGAUACACUAGUGGAACGCUUCCGGGGAUCACUUAAAACAAGAGCAAAGGACGGGAGCACAUUAGCGCAUAUCGCUGCACGAUCUGGACACGCAGCAACAGUAAUGCUCCUGAUCCGGCGGGGAGUGCCCAUAAGCAUGCCGAACAAAUCCGGACAGCUGGCACUACACAUUGCUGCUCAAUACGGUCACGCGAACGUUGCAUCCGAGUUGUUGGCAAAUGGAACUCCUGUGGAUGCACGAACGAAGGAAAAUUACACCGCAUUACAUAUUGCGGUGGAAAACGGACAUUCUCUCAUGGUGGAUGUGCUGAUCGGGUCAGGCGCUGCCGUCAAUAUUACAGGAGGAAAAGAAUCAGAGACUGCGCUGCACAUUGCGGCGAGGAAUCCUAAUGGGCAUAUAAUGGCCGAAACGCUGAUUAAAUCCGGAGCCAAUCCAAACCUGAAAACCACGAGUGGCGAAACUGCCCUGCACAUAGCCGCCAAACAUGGGUCGUUAAAGGUGCUGAAAAUUGUUUUGUCUGAAAACGUCGACGUAUCCGCUGUCAACAACGAAGGGGAAACGGCCCUCCAUCUGGCAGUUCGCAAUUGCCAGUAUGAUGUGGCACGAGAAAUACUGGAUCACAUCAGCCGACAUGAAUCACAGAAUGCCGCAUCAAAUGCUGUAAACACUCAGAACUUGGAAGGAGAAUCAGCAGUGCACUUGGUGGCACAGGUGACAUCCGACAUGGUGCACUUUUCAGGUGAAGAUUCCAUGCUGGCACAACUGCUUUUGGACUACAACGGAAAUACAAACUUACAAACGAAAGAGACAUUGGAAACUCCUCUGCAUUACUGUGCACGCUAUGGGUGUUAUGAAAUUCUUAGCACAAUAAUUAGGUUUCUAGGACCUGAGCGACUGGUGUUGGGACUUAACAAACUUGCGAAGAACGGAUGGUCUCCAUUGCUGACGGCGUGUGAUGAAGGUCAUGCGGACAUUGUUGAUAUUUUACUACGAAACAACGCACGCGUUGAUGUUUUCGAUGAGGAAGGUAGAGCCGCUUUGCAUUUGGCAGCCGAGAAGGACCAUCUGGAUGUUGUGGACCUGCUUCUGCAGCAUAAAGCCUUCGUUAACGCCAAAAACAAAGAUGGUGUCACACCGGCUCAUUUGGCCGCCGAAAGAGGGGCGGCGGAUAUUGUCGAACUACUGGUGGAAAAGUAUCAAGCCAAUACAGAUGUCUUAUCACUGUCGAAAAAGACACCACUACAUUUGGCAGCACAAGCAGGACAAUGGGGUAUCUGUGAGCGGCUGAUAAGGUUGGGAGCCGACGCUUGGGCGAAAGAUCAAAAAGGACAGACUCCGAUGCAUCUCGCAGCAGCCCAUAACCACGCCCAAAUUGUACAGCUCUUCAUACAGCACAAAGGUGAACUCGAUCCAGCGACCAUAAUAGAUCAGAAAGGACUGAACGUUGCGCACACCGCCGCUAAACAUGGAUGCCUGGAAGUCAUUCAGCUGCUGCUAAAUCAUAACAAAGACCUGGUCAUAAAAUCAAAAAUCAAGUCAACCGAAGCCUCAGCCGUACACUUGGCAGCAGCCGGUGGACAUGACGAAAUUGUCAAACUGUUAAUCCAGUCAGGUGCCCCAGCUACUGAAGAAAAUAAGGAGGGUCUUACACCUUUACAUCUUGCUGCUCGAUAUGGCCAUGUAAAGGUCCUGGAGUGCCUUAAAGAUUCUGUUUCUUUGAAUGUGUGCAGCAUUAAAACGGGACUCACCGCGCUGCAUUUAGCAGCGUUUACCGGGCAAGUAGAUUUUGUGCGGGAACUACUGACCACUGUUCCGGUCACCACUGUAACCGAGCAACCAACGGUCAACAACGCCAUGGUCAAGCACAUCAGUGCCGAACCCGGACUAACAGCACUUCAUUUGGCAUGCCAUUCCGGUCAAGAAGAAAUGGUCAGGGUGCUUCUUAAUUAUCCUGGUGUCAACACCGAUGCCUCCAGCGAUGUGUCGGGGACGACACCUUUGCAAAAAGCAGCCAUCAACGGGCAUUUGUCCAUUGUCAAUUUGCUACUAAGCAAACUGGGAACCCAGAUUGACAAGCGUGACGCUAAAGGGCGGACUGCACUUAUGUCGGCCUGCUUCCAUGGUCACACGGAAAUGGUCACGCUGCUCAUUGGUCAGGGUGCGGAUUUGUCUGCUGAAGAUAAUAAUGGUUGGACUCCGUUACAUCAUGCAGCGGUAGCAGGUCACUUAAAGGUUGUCAAAGUCUUAGUUGACAGCAACGCUUCGACAGUGGCAAAAAACCGCGAUGGCAAAAUUCCUUUGUGUCUCUGUGCCAAUGCCUCGAAAACUGCUGUUGUACUGUACCUCUUAACGAAACCUCAUGAUGUUUUUUCGCUGAUGGACGACAAGGUGUUUCUGCUCGAUCUGAUGUUGUGCAGUAAGACCGCCCAAAAUAAGCCGCUUCAGGAAUUUAUCAUCACAUCGCCAUCGCCUGUUGAAGUCGCGCUAAAGUUGGCAAGGUUCUACUCGGAAGUUUCAGGGCGGGAGAAAGAAAGGGAACGUGACCUUAACUUGGCCAACAAAUUCUGCGAGCAACUUGGAAACGAUUUGCUGGUUCUGGCUUGCAACAAGUUUAGUCCGGCUGGAAUCCUGCGCGCGGUUGACCAUCACGACAAAUCCUUAAUGGACAUACUGAUCGAAGGAGAACACAAAGAUGUUGUUGCACUGCCCGCCGUCCAGCGAUAUUUAACCCAGGUGUGGCAUGGCAACCAAGCUUGGUCCGGCACGAAGAGCUUCCUCAUCUUUAUGGUCUUCUUACUGUGUCCACCGGUCUGGUUAAUUUUUUGCCUACCUCUGGAACACAAAUAUAAUUAUAUUCCUUUUAUCAAAUUGAUCUGUCACAUCGUCAGCCAUUUAUUCUUCAUUCUGGUUCUGAUUCUGGUGUUUAUGUCACCUUUUGAACAAUUAUACGAGCGCCAUGACGCGACACCAAAACCGGAAGAAAUUAUUCUGAUUAUCUGGGUUAUUGGUAAAUUUUCUGGCGAACUGACAACAGCUGAGGAAAGAAGCGGGCUCGGAUGGAUUCGAGUGCUUAUUAUUGUCUUUUGUGUUGUGGCUUUUAUUCUGCACUUUAUUGCAUUCGCCUUCGACCCACCGGUGGAAACCGAGGUUUUAUACGUCAGAAACCAAAUUUUUGCGUUAUCCAGUUUCUUCGCGUGCAUCCAAAUUGUCAGCUUUCUUUCCUUCCAUUACAUGUUUGGACCGUUCGCUAUCAUUAUUCGCGAUGUGGUUAUCGAUUUACUACGUUUUCUCGUCAUUCUUGUUUUAUUUCUGACUGGUUUUACGUUCUUGCUAUCCUCCCUGUACGAAGAUGUCCUAAGGCCACCCGAAGGAUUUCACCAUGAAAAGUGGGUUGUUAUGGAUAUGGCACUGGAUCCACUGGAAAGCUUUAAAAAACUGUACUUUGCCAUGUUUGGACUGGUCAAUCCCACAGAUAUUGACGCGCCGCCGUUUGGUCCGGCAUUCGCUGAAGCGUUGACGCAAAUUGUUUACGGAGUUUAUUUGAUGGUGACAAUGGUUGUUUUGAUUAAUCUGCUAAUCGCUAUGUUGUCCGAUACGUAUCAAAGAAUCCAGGCCCGGUCGGAUCUUGAAUGGAAAUAUGGACGAGCAAAACUGGUCAUGAAUAUGGAUAAAUCGGCGAUUACGCCGCCACCACUAAAUACCUUGACCAUAAUAACUGCAAAACUUUACGCGCAUUUUCAAGAUUCGAGACACAAUAUGGAAAAGCUGGAUGGGCUGCACGAAAGAGUGUCCAUGGGAUCAACAACCAGUCAUGCGGAAGCAGUGAGGACAUGGAGUAAAAGCACCCACGAAAGCGACGAAGGCGAGCAACAACUUUUCCGAAAUAUGCCGAUUCGGAAGCUUCCUGAAUGCUGCGACUGGAAAGCAGUUGUUGCCGGAUAUGUCACAAGUGACCUCCUUGACGACGAAGACCUGGACGAAGAGAUCGAAAACGAAAUUGACAGCUAAAAGCCGACACUUCCUCCAAAUUUACUGCUUGCAUUGUUCCUUCUUCAAUUUUGCUUGACAGGCCUGUUACAAAUUAUCAUACAAUACAAUGUGGCUGACUUCCGUAUGGAUGUUUUCGUUCAUCGUAAUUUUGGUUACAUUGUUUUAUGGCAAUAGGAUAAAAAAGCAUCUUGUUUCUUGACUGCGCAAGUGGCACAAUAAGCAAUUCCCAAUAUUUAAGCCAUUA